UCUGGCAACCCAAACUCUACACCUCACUCGACGUAAACAUGUAUCGAGUUGAACGCUGUCUACAAAGAUGAUCACAUGAAUGUGUUUGAAGAAGUAAAGUAGUGCUUACUCGCCUUUUUUCCCCUUUGCCGCUGCUGUUUUUAUGUUUAUUGCUCGUUUAUUUAAAACACAGAGUCACUGUUGAGGAAGCGCAUUGAUAAACACACCGCUCUCGCGACAGUUGCUCAGAACAAAGUCCCACCACCAUUACUGCAGGGAGAAACGGACCCGUUUGGGCUAAUCGUUGCUAAAAGCAUGAAAUCAUGUCUCAUAUUCCUGUGUCUUGGAUCUGUCUUUCUGACAUCAGUCCAUAGUGCUCCUAGGAAAGAAUGGACCAAACUUAUCCUGACUCACCACUGGCCACAAUCGUUUUGCUAUAUGGAAAAUUGCACCACAAACUUUACUUACUGGACCCUGCAUGGAUUAUGGCCAAACACCGGUGCUGAAUGUAACACAUCCUGGCAUUUCAAUGCAAGUUUGAUUGAGGACCUGCUUCCAGAAAUGAGGACGUUUUGGCCAGAUCUUCUUAGACCUAAAUCUACAACAUUCUGGAAGCAUGAAUGGAUGAAGCAUGGGACAUGCGCUGCAAAAGCAGAACCCAUGGACUCUCAGCACAAAUACUUCAGCAAAGCCCUGGAACUUUACCACAAGCUUGACCUUGAUGGUGUUUUAAAGAAGAACAACAUCGUUCCCUCUGAAAACUACUACAAGUUAACAGAUGUGGAAGGAAGCAUCGCCAGUUCAUAUGGAGCACCCCCAAAAAUUCAGUGCAUUUCUCACAAAAAGGAAAGCGAAUUCCAGGUCUUGGGCCAGAUAGAGAUCUGUUUUGACAAGCAGUUUCAGCUUGUCGACUGUGAAAAGAGCACAGAUGAGCUUCAGAGCAGAAACGGUGAGAUUCAGCCGUUCAUCUUCAACAACCACGCAGUAUACGCCGUGUGUGACCCCUUGGUGCCAGUCUACUAUCCUCCGCUCGGAAGCACGCUACAGACGACUCCACGAUUUCUUUAAGCUGUCGAGAUUUGCAGAAGUCGAUGUUGUGCAAUCAGAUAUGCUUAUAACCCUCCUUCACGCUUAUCCUGUUUGUGCCUGUUGAAUAUGAAACUCUCGAGGGAACAGGGUGUUCUUUUUAAAGUGCUUAGUUUGCACAAAAACACCGACCUCACAAUGUUCUUGUGACCAGUAGUUCUCCAGAUACAGGCUGUAGGCUAGUAAUCCUUGUGCAUUCACUUUUAGACCACUGGAGGGCACCACUUGCACUGUGGAUAACUCGAGCAGGUGGAAACGUGAUUAUGAUGUUAUGUAAUCAUUAUGUAAAAAAAUUCAAUAUGUACUCAUUUGGCUGUAGGGGCGGGGCUUUGGUGGAGUGGGUCAAACAAUUGUUUUUUUUUUUCUUCCUGGACUGAAUAUGUAACCAGUGUGAAUUGAUUUUAGAUGCAUCAUUAUAUCCAGUGUUAACAAAGUCAAACCCUUUUACAAAACAGUUCAUUAAAAGCAUUUGAAGUUGCUCAUUUUAUACACAGUACACAGCCUUUACGAGCGCAUUAACAUAUCAGCCAUGGUAAUUUCCUUCAUCGACCAUUUAAGACGUUGCCAAGCUGUUGAGCCUUACAGGCAGUCAUUAAGCUCAGAACGUUAAACCCUUAACCCACAGAACUGAAAUAUAAUCUGCCUCAUUCUACACAGUAAGAUAACUCAUUGAUGGUUAUGAGUGAGAUGUUCACUCUCUUAUUCUUUUUUGUUUUCCAUACUGAAAUGAAUUGAAUGUAAAAAAAAUUUUAUUUGGAUAUUUAUGUGCAUUUCAAUCAGAUGUAGUGGACUAGAAUUCGAAUAAAAAAUACGAACGUUUUUAUAA